UUCGAUUUUCAUUCAGAUUUGGGGGUUCUUUUUCUUCACGCUAAAUACUAGUACGAUCUAGAAAUGCUGUGGAGUGCAUGAUUUUAUUCGAAAGUGUUAUUUGAAAUUGAUUAUAGAAGCUUCCUCGCACUAUUCGGUAGGUCGGAAAAUGCAAACCGAUAAAUUGGAUCGGAUUUGUAUGUGAAUUUGUUUUCAUGGGCUCAAGCAGAUGCAGGCGUUCAUUGAUGAAGUAACGAUUUUCUUCAAAGGCGCAAAAGGAUGUCUUGUCGCGGUGGAGGCGUCAUUGAAUUCGAUACUUUGGGCGGAACGGAGAUCGAAAAAGAGUUUUUAUUCCCUUUUCAAUGCUUUUCCUGUUGUCAUCAUCCACUAUCGUGUUCCCUUACUUAUCACUACCAUCAUUCCAUAUAUAACAUAGAAGCUGUCAGUUGAUCUCACACUUUUAAAACACGGAGCCACUUUUGACAAAAUCGAACAAAGAUGGAAAAAUAUCCCUUUAUACACAUGCGGACCGUUUCACCAAUAUCAACAACGUUCAACGAAAGUGAAGAUGACUUCUCUCCCUUUGCUUCUACAUCAUCUUCCCCUGUCCCAUCUGCCGGAUCGAGUAGAUCAAAUAGCUACGAUCACUGGAUGACAAAAAGAUCACUCAUACGGGAUGAAGACAUCGAACGGCGAGAAAUGCUAUCAAAUCUCCAGUUUGACAAUUCGGAAAAAUCACGGGGGAUAGGGAGAAUAUCAAUAUUUGUUUUGAUUUCUGCUUAUUUCUCACUCAAUCUCGCUUUGACAUUUUACAAUAAAUUCAUCAUGAUCGAUUUCCCUUUUCCUUAUUUUAUAACAGCCUUACACGCAGGCAGUGGAACGAUUGGCUGUUUGUUCUUAAGAGGAAUUGGCGUUCAAUUCAAAACUUCGAAAAGGGAAUCAAAAGAUGAGCUAGAACGGGGUGCACAAAUAUACAAAAGCGAAAAAGCAUUCACCUCCCAGUCCAUAAACCAUUCCACCGUGUCUUCUCAAUCAAAUUUCAACUCUACACGGAUAUUAAUCGUUUUAUUUUAUUCAACAUUGUAUGCAGCCAAUAUCGCCAUCAGCAAUGCAAGUUUACGGUUGGUUUCCGUACCUUUUCAUCAAAUCGUACGAUCAACCUGUCCGAUUUUCACAUUAGGAUUAGGAUUUCUACUUUUAGCCAAAAGGCCACAACGGGCAAGUCUAUUUGCUUUAUUGCCAAUCGUUCUUGGUGCAGCUUUUGCAUGUUAUGGAGAUGUGAAUGCGACAACCAUUGGGAUCAUCUUGACUGUAUUGGGAACGUUUCUUGCCGCUAUGAAAACUGUUGUUACAAAUUUGCUACAAGGUGGACAUAAAGAAACAAUACGGGAUGGAGAACAGGAUAAUCAGGAUUCGCACUAUGACCUACGACAGCAAUCGACCGUGCAAAGGUGGCAGUCAGCUAUUCAGAAGCAUGCUUUCCAGUAUACUGCAUUGGAAUUGCUAGAAGUGAUGUCUCCUUUGGCAUGCGUGCAAUGCUUACUGGCUUCACAGCUUUCAGGGGAAUUACAACAAGUCUACAUUCGUUUUGCCGAAAGAACACUGAAAGGUCAAUUUAAUUGGUAUUUGCUUCUGCUCCUUGCUGGUAAUGGUUUCACUGCAUUUUUACUCAACAUCGUUUCGUUCAAAACAAACAAGAUCGCAGGACCGCUAACUAUGACAGUUGUGGGAAACUUAAAGCAAGUUGUGACAAUUUUGUUAGCUUUUCAACUAUUUCACUUGCAAGUUCAAUCGAUAAACAUUUUUGGCAUUUUUGUCGCUCUUUCGGGUACGGCUUGGUACGGAAUCAUGGAAAUGAAUUCAAAAAGAUCGGCAAAAAUGACAGGAUGAGUGUGAAAUGUAUGUACGCAUCUUUGUAUGUCCGAUUGACAAUUAAUGACAAUCAAUCGCCGAGGCUGUAUUGAAUAGAGUCAUGAAA